GCACCGCCAGUCCACAGCAACACAGCGACGCGAGCGAGACGACCUGCCCGGCCGCAAUCUGCGUGUGUAUCUCACGUGGCUCCACCAACCCAAGCCGCGCUCUGUUGAACAGUGGCGGACGGCGUGAGGCGAGCGGCGCACCCCACCUUGCGAUCGAGCGAGGGAACGUUGCGAGCCACGCCCGGGUUGCCAGGCAGCCAACCGCUUCCCUCCCCCACCCCUCGUGCCCCCAUCCACCGUCAUCAUGAGCAGCGUCUCCUCUCGUUAGCCACUAGCCAGCCAGCCCACCCACAACCGCCGCCCCCUCCGCUCCGCCCUCUCCUCCCUUCCAUCCUGGCCGUGGCCGGUCCCACCCAGCUUUCCUGAACUCCCCCAUCAAAUCCCCCACCCGCGUCGUGCCUGCGCCCGCCCCUGGUGCCCGAUUUCGCCGUAAUCCGGCUGGUUUUUCCCGUGCCCGAAAUGGCGCUGUCCGCGUCGGCGGGGCGGGGGUCGCGGGCCGAGAAGGUGCGUAGGAUCUUCGAGCGCUUCGACGUCAACGGGGACGGGGGGCUGGACCGGGACGAGAUGGCCGCGCUCGUCGUCGCCGUGAACCCGCGGGUCAAGUUCAGCGAGGACCAGAUCUCCGCCAUCCUCGACGAGGUGUUCCGCACCUACGCCGAGUUCAUACUCCCGGGGGGCAGGGGCCUCUCCCUGCCGGGACUGCUCCGCACCUACGAAGACGGCGCCGGGGACGUCGACCGCGACUUCCUCGCGCUCUCCCUGCCCGCCGUCGAGUCCGACGCGUCCUCGCCGGAGAUCGCCCCGGGGGACGCCCCGCCCGCCGACCCCGGCUCCUCCCCUCCCGCCGGCACCGCGUCUCUGCUCGACGACCACGUCAAGCCGAUAGGCGCCGGCGGGGCCCCGCCGUCGGCCAGCUCCCGUGCCGCGGCGGCCGCGCCGGCGUGGGCCACCUCGCCCAACCACGGCAUCGCCUUCGACUCCUCGUGGGCGCUCCUCGACGACCUGGAGAUACUCGUCAAGCGCCUCCGCUCCAAGCAGCUGCGGAAGGGCUCCAUCGACGGCACCGUCGGCAACAGCAACUUCGACUCCUUUUCUGAGGCCGGCUGGUCCAGGGAGAUCUCCGGCGCGGCGGAUUCGGCUUCUUCGGGCGCCGCGCCAUGGGACGAGACGAGCCGCGACUACCUCACCUUCGUCAAGGAGCUCGCCGUACUCCGCACGCGCGCCGACGCCUCCCGCACGCGUGAGGAGGCCUUCGACAACCACAUGGUCAUCGGCCGGGCCCUCUCCGAGCACCGCCUCUUCCGAGACGCGCUGGCCAGCUUCCGCCGCGCCUGUGAGCUGCAGCCCACUGACGUUCGUCCCCACUUCCGCGCGGGGAACUGCCUGUACACCCUCGGCCGCCACGCAGAGGCCAAGGAGGAGUACCUCCUUUCCCUUGAGGCCGCGGAGGCGGGCGGCUCCCAGUCUGCGGACAUCCUCCCGCAGAUCCAUGUCAACCUUGGUAUCGCGAUGGAGGCUGAGGGGAUGGUUCUUGGUGCCUGUGAGCACUACCGAGAGGCAGCCAUACUGUGUCCAUCUCAUGCCCGGGCGCUCAAGCUUCUGGGAAGCGCUCUCUUUGGCGUUGGGGAGUACCGCGCAGCUGAGAAGGCACUGGAGGAGGCCAUCUUCUUGAAGCCAGACUAUGCUGAUGCGCACUGUGACCUUGGGUCAGCCCUGCACGCAGUAGGGGAUGAUGACCGUGCAAUCCAGGAGUUUCAGAAGGCAAUUGAUCUCAAACCCAGCCAUGUUGAUGCCUUAUACAAUCUUGGCGGAUUGAACAUGGAUGCAGGCCGCUUUGUACGGGCUGCGGAGAUGUAUACUCGUGUGCUGAGCAUCCGACCAAACCAUUGGCGGGCACAGCUAAACAAGGCAGUGGCUUUGCUUGGGCAGGGGGAGUCCGAGGAGUCCAAGAAGGCACUCAAGGAGGCUUUUAAGAUGACACAAAGGGUCGAAGUGUAUGAUGCAAUCUCACAUCUGAAGACACUGCAGAAGAAGAAGCUAAAGCCUUCUAAAAGAAAAAAUGAUGGUCAAGGGGAGCAGGCUUAUUUUGUUGUGGAGGCAUCCAAGUUCAAGAGGGUUGGCAGGAAGACCACUUUGCGACAAGACUUGGCCAAUGCCCUUGAUAUAAGGGCCUUUGAGAGAAUGACAAAGCUAGGCCGCUGUGAUGUGGAGCUUCUUAGGAAAGAGAUGAAUGAGACUGAUGUCCCUGUAUCUUACUCGGGCACUGGCAUUCCUGAGAAGUCAAUACGGAAAGCAGUUCUUGAGGUUAUUCUCCGCAGGCUCCUCUCUUUUGUCAAGCCAGAUACUUUUCAGGGUGCUAUCAAGGCAAUCAACGAAAGAAUUCUCUCGGUCCUUGAUGCCCCGGGCUCUGGUCGUGUUGAUCUUGGAAUGUUCUUUGCUAUCAUUGCUCCAAUCUGCUCUGGCCCUGUGGAUAGGCGCAAGCGUGUUGCCUUUGAUGCUCUUCUUUGGCGUCCUGCUAGCGAAGGCGGCAAUGGCCAGGUUCGGAGGAGCGAUGCGCUAACUUACAUUAAGCUUCUUCGUGCCGUUUAUGUACCCACACCUGGAGCUAGUGACAUGCUGGAAAUGCAUGGGGAGUCUGACCCUACCAUGGUAUCAUACACGGAGUUUCUUGAAAUGUUCAAUGAUUCAGAUUGGGGAUUUGGGAUAUUGAGCACAUUGGUGAAGCUUGAAGAGAGUGAUCACAUUCGUCACGGCCGCCACACAUGCUCCAUCUGCCGGUAUCCUAUCAUUGGAUCACGGUUCAAGGAGACGAAACACUCGUUCAGCCUGUGUAACCGGUGCUAUAGCGAAGGGAAGGUUCCAUCAGCUUUCAAUUUGGAGGAGUACAGGUUCAAAGAAUAUGGUAACGAGUCUGAGGCACUCAUCGAUAAGUGCAUGUGCUUCAAUUUACAUUCCAAGAAGCUGGAGACUGAUGCUUGAUCAUUGAAACUUUGACCUCAAGUGCUCAAGCAUGAACCUGUGUAUUUUCUAGGUGCAAAGAUGUCUAGUUAGCUCUCCCGCCCUCUUGUAAACUAAGGUGCUGUCCCUCAGUUUUCUAAAUGAGUUCCGGUUACUCAUAACCAUAACCCUAAUGUGUUAGCUAUCGUUUUGUUUUAAGUGUACGGGAAUGAGUACAUGUGAAUUCCAUACACACUCUUGCCCCAAUCCAAUACAACCAAGGCUUUAAAGUA